UUAUAUUUAGUACCGCGCUGUACUCCAAGCCCGAACCACGUCUCGCGCGGUCUCAAGUUCUCAACCCAGUUAUCAUUUUCAUCACAGCAUGCUUUGAAUCAAACGGUACUUAUACAAAAAACAGAACCGUUUAUAUAUCACAACGGUGUGAUUUUAAAGAAUAAAAAUAGUUUUUUUGGUGUUGAAAUGAACAGUUAGGUUAUGUUUGCGUGAAGCAGCAGUUUAAGUUAUUGUUUUGUAAGUUACAAAAAUGAAGAACUCUGAAGAUCAGAAGUUGGAAGACGGGCAGGAGACCAACGAUAUCACUUUUGAGGAUGCUUUUGAACAAACAGGUCACGGCCGCUUCAACCACCUGGUCCUCUUCACCAGUGGCCUGAUCAUGCUCAAUGUCUCCAUGGAGUCUGUUGGCAUGAGCUAUGUGCUGACAUCAGCUCAGUGCGAGCUGGAGUUGUCAGAACAGCACAAGGGGAUUAUCAACGCUGCUGCCUUUAUUGGUAUAGUGUCAACAUCAUUCCUAUGGGGCUACCUUGGCGACCGAGUCGGGAGACGAGCAGUCAUGCUGCCAGCUAUGAUAGCGUCUGCCUUGUUCUCUGUCGCCUCUGCCUUCGCUAGCGAUGUGUGGACGCUGUUUGUGCUCAGGAUCCUGACAGGAUGUUUUGUAUCAGCCUCCAGUGCGACAGUAUACGCCUACCUUGGCGAGAUGCACGCCAACUCACGAAGAGCGGCAGCCAUCGCCUGGGGUUCAGUCUUUAUCUCAUUCUCCUUCAUAAUCUUACCUGGUCUUGCCUGGGUGAUAAUCCCUGGCAAAUGGUCUUUCCACCUCCUCAGCAUCAGGAUAACCUCCUGGCGCGCGUUUAUGUGGUCCUGGUGCGUCCCAGGGCUGGCAGCUGCAGGGAUUCUGUCGCUCCUGCCUGAGAGUCCACGGUUCAUACUGGCUUCUAAAGGCCCGGAGGCAGCCCUGCCUGUGUUGGCCAAGAUGUAUUCGUGGAACCAUGGGACUUCGGCUGAUAACUAUCCGGUAGAGAAAAUAACCACCAUCGGCGAUUCAGAGGCGUUCAAGGGCGGCUUCGCUGGUGCCCUGAAGAAUUUCACCCACAUCUUCCGGCCGCCGCUGCUUCGAUGCGUGUUCAUAUCUCACAUAUCGAUGUUCGCCGUGUUUAUGCUAGCGAGCGGCCUCUAUGUGUGGGUACCGGAAGUUAUCAACAACAUCCUUCAGAACGACAGUGAGAGAAGCAUCUCCAUCUGCGAGAUCAUUACAAGGAAGGCGAUAAAUAAAACUCAAGCCCUGGCAUCGCAUGUAGAAGCGGUGUGCAACCCCAACAUAUCAGUGGGGGUGUUUCCGAUCUCCAUGGCAAUGGGGGCCGUAUUCGCCAUCACAUACCUCGCUAUUGGUGUGUUCAUCAAUAAAGUCGGAAAGAAGGCACUUUACAAUGGUAUCAUGUUCAUCUGUGGCCUAGCUACGAUAGCAGCAGCCUACGUGCCGCAAGGGGGCGCUGCUACCGGCCUACUCAUAAUAGCCUUAUGUGCUGGCUGUGCAGCCUCCAUUCUGGCUGCCAUAGCUGUUGACGUAUUCCCUACAUCGCUAAGAGCAAUGGCGAUGUGUGUUAUGUACAUGGUAGGCCGACUGGGCGCCGCCAUGGGGGCCUUUUUCCUGGGAGCAACACUGCACACGCACUGUGAGCUGGCCUUCACUGCCAUAGGUGCUUUUAGUGCUGGUUCAACACUACUUAUGCUCUUCUGGCCGAACCCCCAAGUAGUUCGGGACGAAAUGGAAGAAAAGGGCCUCUCAUACUAAUCUACCUAGUUGUAGUGCCUACGUAGUACAGUCAAAGGUAUUAGGCCGGCAACAGACAGUAUUACAAUUCAUAAUCUGAAAAAUCAUAAACACGGAGUUCCGUACAAUUUUGCAACUGACAACAAACUUAUUAUGAAUUUUCAGAUUGAUCUGACAGAUUGUAAUUUCAUAUUUUUAAAUUAAAGGAAAAAUGGAAAAAUUCACACCUCCGG